AUGAAAGGAAAGCUGAAUGGAUCUAUCUCUGAUCUGAAACUGCAAGUAUUUUCUUCUCAUGACGACAAUAUGAGUGCUAUGCUGUUGGCCUUGACAUCAAUAUACAUGCCACGACCUCCUUACUCGUCUACCAUAGUGUUUGAACUACACCAGUUGCAAAACAAAACGGGAGCUGUACGAGUCCUCCAUCUGAACUCUACGACACCAGAAAUAGAUGUGGGAUACCCCCAUGUUCUCAAUUUGAAGGGAUGUUCCGAGUUCUGUCCUUUGGACAAAUUCGCCAAAAUAACUCAGAAGUUUACACCAGACGAUUGGGAGGCGGAAUGUCAAGAACAAAGCCAAAAGAAACUGGAAACAAUGCCAGACGAUAGCAAUAUGAGAAUGGAAAAUACUACACUACUUUUAGUGCAAACACUUUUUCGACAUGGGGAUAGGGCUCCAAUUAAAAUAUAUCCCGGCUAUCAAAACAACAUUGCUUGCUGUCCCGAAGGCUUUGGAAAGUUAUCUUUGAUUGCUGUAAAUAGUUCAGCCUCAGACCGAUGCCUGAGAAGUGCAGAAGCCAACAUAGCUUCAUUCUACGCACCUGAAGGGAUUUGGAAGUUUGAGGGAGGUCUCGACUGGCAACCCAUUCCAGUUCAUUACCUCCCUUAUUCACAAGAUAAAGAAUCAUUCGAUGACAUGUCGCAGCACGCAGGAUUCAAUGUUUCCGAUGGCCUCUAUACUAUGGCUUUCUAUGAUGCUUUGCUGGCAGAUAAAUCUCUGGUAGAACAAACUGGUUCCAUGUUCUUUUCUAUUUCGACUUCUACUCCCUUGGAGGAUUACAUACUUCCUCUGAAGCUGGACAUAGAAAUAAAUAUAACUUAUUCAAAGAAAACCGUCUCUCAGAGAAUACAUAACCUCCCAUUCCCAAGUUGGGUGGAGCCUUACUGGACCCUUCUUCAAAAAAGUGUUGAUAUGAUUUCUCAUUGUUUUUACAACUCUCCUGAUCUCCUGAGACUGCGAGCAGGGCCAUUACUUCAGGCAAUAACAGAAAAUAUGAAAGGAAAGAUAAGUGGAUCUAUUACAGAUCUGAAACUGCAAGUAUUUUCCGCUCACGAGGACAACGUGGGCUCCAUGUUACUAGCCUUGACAUCUACGCUCAUGCCAAGACCACCUUACUCUGCUACCAUAGUGUUUGAACUGCACCAAUUGCAGGACAAAACAGGGGCUGUCCGAGUCCUCUAUCUGAAUUCAACGACACCAGAAAUAGAUGUGGGGAAACCCCAUGUUCUCAAUUUGAAGGGAUGUUCUGAUUUAUGUCCUCUGGAUAAAUUUGUCAAGAUAACUAUGAAGUUUAUUCCCGACGACUGGGAUGCUGAAUGCCAACAGCCAGCCAAGAAGAAGUCAGUGGUUGUCAGCAAUAGCACGAAAGCAGAACUCAAACAGCAGUUCCAAAUAUUCUAUCAUUAAUAUCUUUUGAAUUUGCCAUGCAUCCUUUGUUAUUUAAGAACUAGGAAAUAUUUCAUAUUAUUCAAACUGGUGCAAAAAUUAUGCAAUAGAAACCAUACUAUAUUUAAAAUUUAAAAGAAAAAUUAGUUUACCUAAUUAUUAGAAUAAUAAAAGUGAU